CUCCGCUUUCACCUGGAUGUACAACAGUACAACAAACCACUUUGUGUUGCAUAGAAGAUUUACAACAAAUCCUCGUGAUUGAAGACUUUAGAUGAUUAAAACUUGAUUGGAGAUUUAAAAGAGACUGAUCUGCUGACAUGCUCCCGUUAUCUUUACUGAAGACAGCACAGAACCACCCUAUGCUGGUGGAGUUAAAGAAUGGUGAGACGUACAACGGCCAUCUGGUCAGCUGUGACAACUGGAUGAACAUCAAUUUGAGAGAAGUUAUUUGCACCUCACGGGAUGGAGAUAAAUUUUGGAGGAUGCCAGAGUGCUACAUCAGAGGAAGCACCAUUAAAUACUUACGAAUCCCUGAUGAGAUCAUAGAUAUGGUGAAAGAGGAAGUGAUAUCAAAGGGGCGUGGCCGGGGAGGCAUGCAGCAGAACAAGCCACAGGGAAAGGGCAGAGCAGGUGUACCUGGGAGAGGCGGUGGAGCCGGCAGAGGUAUUUUUGGUGGCCGUGGCAGAGGCAUGCCGGGAACUGGCCGUGGACAGCAAGACAAAAAGCCUGGAAAACCACAAGUUUGAUCAUCAACCAAAAAGGAGUGAGUUUCAUUUGAAAUGGGCGUCCUGGAUCUCUCUGAAGUUGAUGUAAAGAUGGUCUCCAAUUUCGCCAAGUUGUUUUUAUUUUCUGUUCUCUCACAUUUUGGUGCAUGUUUUCACAUUUGCUGUUUUAAUUUGUUUUGUUUUAUUUGUGCUUUAAAAUAUAACCAUUGUGUAACUUAUGUAUAAUGCACUUGUGAAUAAACAAUUUUGGUUAAAUAUUGUAAUUGCUGUUGAUAUGUCUGUGAGUCUAAAGUAAUGAGUAAAUAAGUAAAAUAUUUGCCGGGAAUGAAAGAACGAGGCUGUGAGGGAUAGACGUAUUGGACAUUCAAUGGAUUGUACUGUUGUUUUAACAACAUGAUGGUUGUUCAGCUGAUGAAACAUUUUCCCGGAGUAAAAAACCUGUUCAGUAGACAAAUACUCCUGAGUUGGGCUAAUUACGUGAUCUAGGACCUUUGAGACUGUAAACACUAAGUCUGUUCCUCACAGACACAGCUUCGUUUUCAUUUCUAACCUGACAUAGGUCUACUACUGCUGACUAAAUAAAUUCACAAACACGGGCAAAGAUGCAACAUAGUCGCAAGUAAACAGCACAAACUUUUAUUUUUAUAAGUUCAGUCAUUUUCACAACAUAGACAGUUGAUUUGGUAAAUUUCAUCACUGGACACUUUGACACCAAACCCCUUAUUGUAAGUACAGUACAUUUACUACUGCAUAUUAGUGUUUUUUCCUUGUACAUUACACUUGAUUAUCAGAAAACAAAAAAAUCUAAUACAAAAAAAAAGAAAAUCACAAUGAAGCAUGAAUAAGAACAAUUCUAGAUAAAAAUGUAGGAAAUGGAGAACAAACUUUUAGUGAUAAAUGAUAAACUGAUCUGAACGUGGAGCGGAUACCUUACGUGGUGAGCUGUGACGUUAAUAAAGAUUCAAACUUAUUCUCUUCUCAUUUCUGAUAUCCAGGGUCAUGAGAGGGCCUCACUAAGGUCCUCUUGUCUAUAUAAACUGCUCAUUAGGCCUAAAAGAGAGGGGACCCACCAACAAACAACUUGUCUCAGGCCUAGUGAAUGUAGCAAUGGCUCUGCUGACAUCUACAUUAAAUUUAACAUUUUAAUUUCAACACAAGCAUUUUUUUUAACAAUGAACAGCAUAUGCCACAAAUACAGUCAGGCGUUUGAAUUUCUGCAAACUUGCUCCACAGUAGAUGUGACGGUCAGUCUAUCUGCCUGCUUUGGUUUACAACAGUACUAGGAUUUAAUCCACUCAAUAAAACAAUCACAUUCCCAUUACAUCCUACAAAAAUGUUCUGUUUAUGUUAACAAAACGGUAAAUAAUCUGCAACACAUGAAAAGGUAUUUUCUUCAAUAUUGCUCUGUAAUAAAGUGACAUUCAUUCACAAGCAGGCAUACACAACAGCAGGGAAACAACAUCCUUUAUAUCCUCUUCUGUAGCUUUUUUCUUAAUAUCACCUAGAUUUUUUUAUUAAAGCCCAUAAUCGGUACAACAGUCCACACAUAAAACCAAAUGUAUUUACAGUAAGUUUUCACUAAAGGAAGACAGAAUAGCAAAGGAAAUAUGCAGGAAUAAUCAGGGAGGAUCUUGCACAUGUAAACGUUAAUACUCAUCGGGACACAGGACACGCCAGUCUAGAAAGUCAUUAUGGGAAAUGCCAGUCAAAUCUCAGCCACUUUUGCUAAAUUCUGAGAGCGCAUAUAUUGUUGAUGGUACGUAGGUCGAGCUUAUGGCUCUGCUGCUAUAAUGAAAUAAGCAACAGCAUGGCUGCAAAUCAAACUCAGAUUCUGACUAGGAAUACACUUGACUAGACCUAACAAAGCAUUGAGAAAGGAAUCCUACCACUAUUUGCCUAAAUGGCUUUAUUUCCUUCCAUGCAAAUUUACAUUAAGGAAUGUUUGUGUAUGAUAUCUGGCCUUCAGUCCCGGGACUGAAGUUACAUGAGGCAAGGCAGUGAACAAGAUACAAUGUCACAGAUACAAAUAAGCAAGAAAGGUUUGUGACGAGCACUGCAAAGAAUUACCACGGAAACAGUAUUAACUGACUUCUCUAACUCUCUUUGUAUUUGUCAGAAUUGGUAAUUUU